AUGAGGGCGAGAGGGAUCCCCGAGGAUCCCUUGCGCUGGAUCGAUGCCUUUCGUUCAGAGCGGACUGCAACCAUUGUAAUCAAUGGCCAGAGUUCCAAAAGUCGACCUCUACCACAAGCAGAACUUCCACAAGGAUUGCCCUUGUCGCCGAUAUUGUUUCUAUUCUUCGAUGCAGAUCUAGUACAAACCCCGAUCGGUAAGAAUGGUGGGGCUAUUGCAUUUGUCGAUGACUACACUACGUGGGUGUCGGGACCGACAGCCCAGAGCAAUAGCAGAGGGAUACAAGCGGUUAUUGACAAGGCUCUCGACUGGGAGAGACGGAGCGGCGCGACUUUUGAGGCGGAAAAAACGGCGAUCAUACAUUUCACCAGAUACACAGGCAGGGUAGACUCUGAACCAUUCACUAUCAGGGGUGAGAGAGUAUUUCCGAAGGACCAAGUCCAGAUUAUCGGGGUCGUCAUGGACUCACGGCUUCACUGCAAGCAACACAUUGCAAGGGCAGCAACAAGGGUCCAGGAGUUGCGAUGGAAGACUGAAGCGACUCAAGGGAAUGGUUCCCUCGACAACGAGGCAGUUGUUCACAGCCACGGUGGCCCCUGUGGUGGACUACGCCUCCAAUGUCUGCGUGCAGAACAAUACUGGCGUAUGCGAUCCAUCGAGUACAAAGAUAGGGGCACAAGCAAUCAUAGGAUCCGUUACAAGCGUGGCGACAGGAGUGGCUGA